CCUGCUGGCCACGCUUCUCCUGAUGCAGCCCAGAGUACGGUUGGCCUUCUGGGCUGCCAGCGCACAUUGCCAGCUUAGAUGGCUGUAUUUAUAUACCCAUCAGUCCAUGCAGUAUUUUUUUCCUUUUAUUUCCUGGAACUUAACAGUUAUCAGUGCUCCAGCCCUGACUCACUUUGAACCUUUAUUUGCGAGACUGAAUGAGACCAAAUGAGUGAAUAAGAAUUUAAACCCCUUAGUUUCAUGUUAGACUAACGUAAUAAAAACAGUAACAUGAGUCAGCACCUUAAUGUGAGCAACCGUGCACAUUGAUUGCAAGAGUAACUCUGUGGAUGGGACUUUCGUUUUCCAUCCUGCAUUUGGUACAUGAAUAAAAUGCUGGGGAAGGAAGGUGUCCAAGCUGCUUUGGUGCUUAGCCAAGAUCCCAAACAGUCCUUGAGCUCCUCAGGGUACGCAACUGAUGCUUGUGCUCCCUACAGCCUCUGUGGGUAACUAAAAGCAGCGGGAGCAUGGCAAUAAGAUACUCUGAUCAUGAUUUUAUCCCGAGGAAUAUCUCCUCCUUUCUACUCAAGUUGCUUAAAGUGGGAAUGGAUACGGGAAUCCUCAUCAGAGUGAGAAAUCCUUGGCCCUAGAAGUUCCUGAUUCUCCAGCGAUCGUUUCUACUGGGUAAGCUACUGAGUAGCGUGAAAGCCAAAGCCAGAUGUCACCUGUCUUUACCUCUGUGAAUUAAGGUUUGCAGCAGUGUCCAGAUCAACAGCCUCAAAGUAGUUACCACUGUAAAAACAGCUAGAGUGCUUAACCAAUUUUAAUAUCAACACCUUUGAGAAUCCUGAGUUUGCUUUUGCCCAUGUUGUAAUGCCAUUAGUGCAUUUCCUAGGUUGGUAUCCUUAAAUGUUUUGUAGAGUACUAUUACUAGGGAUGCUUGCAUUUAGGUUGAACUGAUUUUUUUAAGGGCGACCAUUUUAAUAAUCAGUAACUCAGGUAGGCUUGUGCCUUCUUCUGCCAGAGGAGGCCUCACCAGCAGCAUCUGAUGUCUGUUGCUCAGGUCUGAGUUGUGGGGAGCUCAAUUUGUUUUGCGAGGUGUGAGAAGUUCCCAUAGGCUAAUUCAGAGGAAUUAGAGAAAGAAUGAUGGAGAAAUUAGAGCACAGUUUCUUUUAUUUAAACAGUACCUGGAGUACCCCAUAGGCUUGUCCUAUUUUCUCCUUUAAAAGGUUACUUUCAUCCCUUAUCUCCCUCCUGCAAACUCAUACCCCCCCCAUCAUUAAAUGCUGAAUAAUUAUAACACACAAGCCUGAGGGAGGACAAACACUGGUUUUUCUUGGUGGUUUGAAGAGGACUUUGACAGUUCUUGAAUCAUCCCUAGUUAUCCAGACAGCCCGUUCCAGUGGUUUUUAAUGUAUUCAAAUUGGAUACUACAACCUCAGCAAGGGAAAAGUGGGCACUGAUGGAAUUGCCACAGUACCUGUCAGCAGGGCAGGGCUAUCCUGUUUUUGAAAUGUUAUCACAUCGAAUGUUACAGCAGCAGCGGCAGCUUCCUCUUUUUCCGUGCAAAGAGCAGUAAUGGGGAGCUGCUGGCUGAAGAGUGCUGCCAGCUUCUUUGGUCACGUAUUUUGGUACCACAAAAGUGGCAUUAUUAAAGGCAGACAAAAAAUCCCCUAAUCAUGCAACCAAACUGAGCCCUAGGAGCUGAAAAACCCUUCCUUUGUAUGCUCAUAAACCUUGCUAAGAACUAACUGGUGUCCAUGAGGCUUUUCUGCAGCAUUUUGCCUGCAAACUGAGACAGGUAUGAGAUGCGAUCUCUAUGAGUGCUUAAAAUUGGGAGACAAGAACCUUCCCCAUUGCAGCUACUGGACAUCCUGACCUUUCUGCGGAAUGCAAGAUAAAACAACCCGAUCCAUCACUGGAUUUGGUACCUAAAACUUUAAAUUGUUGCUGCAGAUUUUGGCCGGCAUAACAAUUGAUGGUUCUGUUUACAGCAAAAAUCUGGUACUGCAGAACUUACUUUCAUUGUAUCACUUAGACUGAAUAUUCCCCUUAUUAGAUUAAUAUCCAUGGCCAUGUAGCAGGUAAAUGCUGAAUACUUAUGCAAGGAACAUUACUCUUUGUAUACCGCUUGAAGAUGCUUUGGAAUCAAACUUCUGCCAUGUUAUUCAAUAACAUGGCAUACAUACACACACCCUUAAGUGAAGUUAUUUGAUAUAAUCUGGAAAACAAGACUUUCCUGAGAGGGCUAUUUCUCAAUAGCGCUUCUCAAACUUACAUCUAGCGCUUAUAAGCUGUAUACUAUCUUUGUAAAGAAAUAUAUCCCUAUGACAAUCUCCAGGAUCAGCCCUAGUUUUGCUAGAAACAGCUGCGACUGUGUUGUAUUUCUGGGCCAACACUAAGUAUUAAGGACAAAUUCAGGGGCAGCCACUGCAUCUUUAAGAUUAGGCAGAGCCAAAGUGAUUUUAAGACCUUGUUUUAAUGUUGCAGAUUUAAAUGCAAGAGUUGGCUUAAUUCCUAGUAUACAUUAGAGCAGUCAUCGAUUACUGUAAUAUUCAGCAUUUUCCUUCCAUCUAAUAUUUUGGGUCAGUACAGAAUCUGUGAUGCUAACAUUAACCCUCUGUUCUCUUCCCUGUUAACUUCUGCUCUUGCAGGCAGCAGCUGUAGACACCAAAGAAAUGAUUUAACAGGUACAGUGCAGUUUGGAAAUUAUAUACCUGACCAAAGUGAAUGGAAGAAUCCUUCCUUCUCGUGCUGAGUGCAAUUUCAUGGUGCCCCUAAAGGAUUAUGGCAGAAGACAGGUCCCAAAACAUUCUAAAAGCUGACGCCUCAAUUUUGAAAUGAUCCACAUAGAAACCAGCUCCCAUUCUCUCCUGGGGUCUUGUGAAAUAAACAGGAAUUUGCAGCACUUACGAAAGAGCUAAAUGUAUGCAGGGAGCAGCUCCUUGAAAGGGAAGAAGAAAUCGCUGAACUGAAAGCAGAAAGAAAUAAUACAAGGCUAUUACUGGAACAUUUGGAGUGUCUUGUUUCCAGGCAUGAGCGAUCUCUCAGAAUGACUGUUGUAAAGAGACAAGCUCAGUCUCCAGCAGGAGUUUCUAGUGAAGUAGAAGUUCUCAAAGCACUAAAAUCUUUAUUUGAGCACCAUAAAGCCCUUGAUGAAAAGGUAAGGGAGAGGUUACGAGUAGCACUUGAAAGAUGUAGCUUAUUGGAAGAAGAACUAGGUACUACACAUAAAGAGUUAAUGAUUCUGAAAGAGCAAAAUAAUCAGAAGAAAACACUUCCAGAUGGGAUGCUGGAUAUAAAUCAUGAACAGGAAAAUACACCAACUACAAAUGGGAAGCGAUCCUCUGAUGGUUCCUUAUGCCACGAUGAAAACCUUGCUAAAGUGAUUGAACUCCAAGACAUCAUAGAUAAGCAAAACAAAGAGCAGACACAAAUGAAAGAACGUCUUACUGCUUUGUCUAGCAGAGUAACAGAGCUGGAAGAAGAUCUGGACACAGCUAGAAAAGACUUAAUAAAAUCUGAAGAAAUGAAUACAAAGUUACAGAGGGAUGUACGAGAGACUAUGGCCCAAAAGGAAGACAUGGAAGAGCGAAUUACAACUCUUGAGAAACGCUACCUCGCUGCACAACGUGAAGCUACAUCUGUGCAUGACCUCAAUGAUAAACUUGAAAACGAAAUUGCCACUAAAGACUCCAUGCAUCGACAGAGUGAAGAUAAGAACAGGCAGUUGCAAGAACGAUUGGAACUAGCUGAGCAAAAGCUGCAGCAGACUUUGAGAAAAGCUGAAACUUUGCCGGAGGUGGAAGCUGAGCUGGCACAGAGAGUUGCAGCACUUUCAAAGGCUGAGGAGAGACAUGGCAAUAUAGAGGAACGGCUGAGACAGAUGGAAGCACAGCUAGAAGAAAAGAAUCAAGAACUGCAAAGGGCUAGACAGAGAGAGAAGAUGAACGAAGAGCAUAAUAAACGUUUGUCAGAAACUGUUGAUAAGCUCCUGUCUGAAUCUAAUGAAAGGCUUCAGCUUCAUCUCAAGGAAAGGAUGGCUGCCUUGGAAGAUAAGAAUUCACUUCUUCGAGAAAUUGAAAAUGCAAAAAAACAGAUAGAGGAACUUCAGCAUGAAAAGGAUCAACUCGUAUUAAAUGUUGAAGCAUUAAGGGCUGAAAAUGACCAAGUGAGACUCAGAGCCACAUCACAUCAUCACAGCCGACCAGACUUCAGAUACCCUAUGACAUCUUCAUCUGUGGCUGACAGUCAUACAGACUCUUAUGGCACCUCAUCAGUGUUAAGGCGUCCCCAGAAAGGACGCUUGGCUGCUCUCAGAGAUGAACCUUCAAAGGUUCAAACUCUGAACGAGCAGGACUGGGAGCGAGCCCAGCAAGCAAGUGUAUUGGCAAAUGUGGCACAAGCAUUUGAAAGUGAUGUUGAUGUGUCUGACCUUGAGGAUGAUAGGGAGACUAUAUUCAGUUCAGUUGAUCUGCUAUCGCCGAGUGGUCAGGCUGAUGCUCAGACUUUGGCCAUGAUGCUUCAAGAACAGUUGGAUGCAAUCAACAAAGAGAUUAGACUUAUACAAGAAGAAAAGGAAAACACAGAGCAGCGUGCAGAGGAGAUUGAAAGCAGAGUGGGUAGUGGAAGUUUGGAUGCCCAUGGCCGAUUCCGGUCCAUGAGCUCCAUUCCUCCUCCCUAUGCAAGUGGUUCACUUGCUGGUUCUUCCCCGCCUGGCAGUGGCCGUUCCACCCCAAGGCGGAUUCCACAUAGUCCAGCUCGGGAGGUGGAUAGACUAGGUAUCAUGACACUGUCUCCAUCUUCUAGAGAAGAGGUACGAGAUGAUAAAACCACAAUAAAAUGUGAAACAUCACCACCUUCUUCACCUCGAUCUUUGCGUUUGGACAGAGUCCAAAAAGGAGCUUUGCAUACAGUGAGCCAUGAAGAUAUCAGGGACAUAAGAAAUUCAACAGGCUCACAAGAUGGGCAAACAAGUAAUCCUAGUAGCAGCAAUAGUAGCCAAGAUUCCCUUCAUAAAGCCCCCAAAAAGAAGGGGAUCAAAUCUUCUAUUGGCCGCUUGUUUGGCAAGAAAGAAAAGGGACGACCUGGACAAACAAGCAAGGAAACAUUAGGACAAGUUGGCAUGGCAGAAGCAGAUAGUUCCUCUCAGGAUGCAUUAGGUCUCAGCAAGCUUGGAGGUCAGGCAGAAAAGAACAGGAAAAUGCAGAAAAAGCAUGAGUUGCUUGAGGAAGCCAGAAGACAAGGUUUACCUUUUGCACAGUGGGAUGGGCCUACUGUGGUUGUGUGGUUGGAGCUGUGGGUUGGGAUGCCAGCUUGGUAUGUGGCUGCUUGCCGAGCAAAUGUGAAAAGCGGUGCUAUCAUGUCAGCCUUGUCCGAUACAGAAAUACAGCGUGAAAUUGGAAUUAGUAAUCCUCUGCACAGACUGAAGCUGAGGCUGGCCAUUCAAGAAAUCAUGUCACUAACAAGUCCAUCUGCCCCUCCCACCUCACGGACGACGUUGGCUUAUGGUGAUAUGAACCAUGAGUGGAUUGGCAAUGAAUGGCUCCCUAGUCUGGGGCUACCUCAGUAUCGCAGCUAUUUCAUGGAGUGUCUUGUUGAUGCUCGAAUGCUGGAUCAUUUAACUAAAAAAGAUCUGCGUGGGCAACUUAAAAUGGUGGACAGCUUUCACAGAAACAGUUUUCAGUGUGGAAUUAUGUGCCUACGAAGACUGAAUUAUGAUCGAAAAGAACUUGAAAGAAAAAGAGAAGAAAGCCAGAAUGAAAUUAAGGAUGUCCUUGUCUGGAGCAAUGAAAGAAUGAUCCAUUGGGUAGUGUCCAUUGGUCUUAAAGAAUACGCAAAUAACCUUCUAGAGAGCGGAGUUCAUGGUGCACUUGUGGCCUUAGAUGAAUCAUUUGAUUACAAUGCAUUAGCUCUCUUACUACAAAUACCCACUCAAAACACACAGGCUCGUGCUGUUCUGGAGAGGGAAUUUAAUAACCUUCUUGCUAUGGGCACUGACAGAAGACUUGAUGAAGAUGAUGAUAAGAGCUUUAGGAGAGCACCUUCAUGGAGAAAGAAGUUUAGACCAAAGGACAUAAGAGGUUUAGCUGCUGGAUCAGCAGAGACUCUUCCUGCAAAUUUCAGAGUUACAACCUCAAUGUCUUCACCUUCUAUGCAGCCAAAGAAGAUGCAGAUUGAUGGCAGUGUAUCAGGAACACAAAGAUUGGAUUCUGCUACAGUAAGGACCUACUCCUGUUAAAGCCUUCUCCUGUUUACCCACACUAUUUCUACCGGUGAUAUGCAGCAUUUUGAACAUUUGGAACCCUUAACCUGUUAAUACUUGUUAAAUGGACACUUUGAGAUAUUUUAUUACAGAGUUUUUAAUUAGCAAAUAAAUUCAUGAGUACUAUAGAGAAAAUAUUUUAGAAUCUAAAUGUUUCUUAUAUUUAUGUGACUUCUCAUUUAUAUAGUUACUUACUUUUUCUGUUUCUAUUCAGUCUACAAAUCAAAUCAUUGCUGAUUUUUUUUAUUCUAAUUUUAGUCUUUCCAACUGAAUGUACUGUAAUGCUUGUAUGUAUAUGUCCCUAUAAGUAAUAUAGGGUUUUUGUAAAUUAUGCGGUUACUGUAAUUAUCAUUUUUUUUUAAUAAUGAAACCGAAGGUGAAAAGGAUUUUAAUACCUUUGUAAAAGUAUCAUGACACCAAGCAGUAUAUAUUUUGUCUUUUGGUAACAUUAGCUUAGAUCUGAAAACAAGUCCAGCUUUUUUUCAGGUAAGCAUACAUUGUUGUAGAAGGUAUGGUACAUGGUCGUUCUUCUCAGAACUGUACCUUUCCACAAAGAGGAUUUGUCAAGUAGUGGGAAUUUUGUCUUUAUUUAAAAUAUAACUUGUUUUAAAAGCUGGGAGGAACUAUAACACUACGGAACAUGUUUUAGAAGUGAUUGACUCGGUCAUAACACUCUCUGCUGUAUUUGUAUAGCGUAUCUUCACGGUGACUGAAAACAAGCCAUAAACCAAGAACUGUUUUUACUUUUAAAUUUUUUUUUCCUUAACUGAGGAAGAUAGACUUCAUAAUAAUUCCUGGUCGUAAUCCACAGGCCACAGAGAGUUUUUGUCCUAGAUCUUUUUGAUUGAGAACACUUGUGGAAAGAUGCUGGUGAAGGUAGUUUUAAUGGACCAAUGAUGAAGCACUGCAGCCUCCUGUCAAAUGAGUAGUGAAAGAUGAAGGUACAAUGGGGCUAAAAACGCAAGCAGUGCAACUUCUAAUAAAGGCCUUACUUUUCUUAUCCAAGUCAUUUUGUGUUUUGUAAACUUGUUCUAAAGAGUUGUCUGGACUUUAAUUUUGAUGGUUGUACCCAUUUUGGACUGUAUGAGUAGAAAAUAUAUCCGACACUUGUAAAUGGCAUAUUAAAAAGCCAGCAAGAAUCUGUUCAGAUGGUGCAUUAUUUAUUAUGCAACAAUAUAUAUAGCAUGUCUUUUUUUCUUAUUGUUUUCCACUUUUAACUUGCUUGUAAAACUGAAAUUCAU